GGCCGUUUGAGAAUCCUGUCCGCCGCUGGGUCCGCCUGCGGGAGAAGGCGCGGCAGUUCGCUGAGCUCCCGCCACCGCGGCGCGUUCCCAUCCCAAAGCCAGCUCGGCCGAAGCUUCUGCAGGCUGUGGAGGGUGUGCCACGUGUCAGCCCGGAGGCCCUGCAGCGCCGCCUAGAUUUCCUCCUCUCCGAUGCAGCGGUAAAGCAGCAGCUGGCUGCUCCGCUUCGGCCGGGCUUGAGCCCCUACUUUGUGGAAUUCCAGUGCUGGAGCAGGCAGCUGCGUGAGAUUCGACGCGUCUACCGGGCUCAGUACCUCCAGAAACUGGCUGAGGUCACGGAGAUAGAAAGAGCCCGUGAGGCUGAGCUGUACCAGAAAGAGAGGCAGCAGCGGCAGGAAAGGAAGCAGGCCCAUCUGCAGCGCAUCGGCGAGGACAUGAAGCGCAAGGCGAUCUUGCGCGAUCGCAAGCGCAUUGAGUCCAAGGUGAACGAGGCGAUCGAGAUGGCACGAAGAUCCAAGCUGAAGCGCCAGCGCCUGUUUUGGUUUCGGCGCAUGGAAACACUAUCAAAGCUUGUAGUGUCUUCCGACAACUUGGAGGAAGCUUUUGCCACAUUCCCAGAUGGCUCCCAGGCGGCUGGGACCUCGGCCAGCACCACGGCCAGCCCUUCGGGCGUUCUCCUGAGCCGCAACGUCUCCAUCCCCUAUCUGCUUCGUCAGUUUGGAGGAUCCAAGACCGAUCCACAGCAGAAAAACAGACGAAUUCCGGGCAUCGACAACGUGAAGCGAGAGAUUCUGCAAAUGUCCUACGACAUCCUGGGCGAGGAUGAAGAGCGCUACGAGGCGGAGGUUCCGCAGGAAGCAGAUUGGAGGGACCGUGCCAAGCAGCUCUACAGUGAUAGCAUCUUCGACCACAAGCAGAAGAUGGCUCUUCUUGACUCGAAGAUUGCCAUGCUGAAGGGGUUGCAGGAGCUUGAGAAGCAGAAAGGAGAUGAGCAAGUGAUCACCGCCAAGCUAAUCGAUGAGCUGGAGGCCGUCAAGUUGGCCGAAGAGGAAGCUGCCCAGGAUGACGAGCUGCGGGUAAAGGCUAAGGAAGCUCGAGGGAAAGAUCCGCCUGGACUUCCGCCUUACGAUGCAGCCUCACGGAUGGGCGAUACUUGA